AUGCCGGAAAAGCAUGGGAGCCAGCAGGCUGAGGGCAACAACGAUUCUGUUUCCCUUGACGGCUCAGGGCUCGCAUGCGCUUUCCGAUGCUUCCGCCACAACGAUAUCAAGGACAAAGCCGAACAAUACCAACAUCACCAGGAUCACUUGCAGCAAAAGCUUCCUCAUUCGUGCAGUUGGCCUACUUGCGCUCACAGUUACUGCUCAAAGGGAAGGGUCAAUUCUCAUAUCGUGGUCGAUCAUGUCAGAGCGCAUCCUCACUUAUGCAACUACAAGUGUGGGAAACGUUUCAAGACAUUCGAGUCGUUGAGGCGACAUGAGAAAACUCGUCACGCCGAGCGAGUCGCUACGAGCGGAGCAUACACUUCCUCUGAUCCAAGACCGGGAAGGUGGCGUCACCACCUAUCGAGUAGUACUCCCUCCCGGCAUGAGCUCUCUCGAUCACCGCUCGAUAGUCCCACUUGCACCUCGCAAGCGUCCUCUCCCGUUUCCGACCACCAGGAGACCCCGGCUCACACCCUGAAAUCGCCUAUAGCCGCAAUCGCCCAAGCACACCCAUUAUCUCACCGUGUUAUAUCGAUGGAUGAUGCGGCCAGUGCCUCGCAAGCGCUCGUCAACUCUACUAUCCAACGGGAGACCAACGGCCACCAAAGCUACUGUGCCGCUAUGAACUACUUGGAUCGUCAUCCAGUGACAAGGUUCACCGAGGAGAACUUUCAGGCAAAGAUUCUGCAAGUGCUAAGCGCUGCAGGUCUACCGCCCUCAUGGGAUGAUCCGCGAGAGUGGGCGGUACAAACGGCCAUUUCGCUGAGAAAGGCUCUUGAUGAAGCAGAAGCAGCGGUAAAAAAGCAUGUGGCAGCCACCGACGCACUCAUGCGGGAGAUGCAGCAGACGCAAUCCGUAUUAAGACUUUGUGCGUAUUCCUGUGACUCUCUGCCGGGCGUCCUUCAGGCUUUGGAGCGGUGUGCCCAGGUAGAGGCCCUUGCAAAGGAGGUGAACCUCGCAUUCCAGGCUCGAUUCUUUCACAUUUCGUGUUUACUAAUAGUGCCCGCGUGA